UGGUGUCACUUCAAUAUUUAUGUCAUCUCUAACGUACCGGUAGCUCAAAACUUUGUUAUUGUUUACUUACCAUGAGUUUCAUUGUGAAAUUAUUAGAACGCACUCAACUCACACAUAGUCAGGUGGAAGAUGUGAAGCCAUUUAUUUAUGCCCACAGCAAAUGGCUGGAGGAUGAACUGGAAUUGGAUAUUGUAGUUACCAGCAGUAAUCUUCCGUACCGUGGAUCACUUAAAUUCAAUGAUAUUCGUACCGCUGCCGAAGAAUUGGAUCAGCCGUAUGAAGAGUUCUUUGAGGAGUGCAAGAAGGCCCUCACCACCAACAUGGGUCUGACGGGAUUCGAUUAUGAAGUCAGUUCUCCUGACAGCCAGACGACGGCGACGACGCCGGAGGCAGUAUUCAAGCUAUUCAAGUGUUCUGGCUAUGAAACACUUUAUCUGGAUAUUCCGCUUCGCAAAGUCUCCAACUGUUUCAGUUUAUUGGAUGCAGCUAUAGAACAAACCAAUGAUUCCAAUUCCUCUAGUGUGCUGGGAAAGGACUCUCAAGUUCUUGUAGAAUAUGAAAAGUUCAUACAGGAGACCAAAUCUAGGGAAGCGAAAAUGCUGAAAAAGUUUUUACUCUUGAUCAAUGAGAAGAAAGCAAAAAUUGAAGAACUGGAAUUGAAGUUAGAAAAAGCGAGAGGUCGUCGACCAACCGCAGAGAAGGAGGAUAGUGAUACGGAUAAAGAGCUCGAACAAGUGGAGCAAGACGAACCUGGGGAGGAGGAUGAGGAGGAGGAUAUCUAUGGUGGUCCCACACAGGCCAUGAAUGUAUAAUAUUUUGCUUUAAAGAGAGAUGCUUUUCUUGUUUUAGUAUGUGCUUGAAUGUAUUUUUCUUCUUUUAAAGUUUCUGGUAAAAUAAAUUAGCUUUAAGAUCGUAUAUAUAUAUAU